AUGUGAAAAUAAAUAUCAUGUUUUUAAUAAUUCAAUCCAUCACGACCGAACCCAAGUCGAAGAGCUGUUCAAGAAAAUAGAAGGAAUUGUUCGGAAGAAUAACGGCAAGCACUUUGACAUUGAUCUGAAGAAAGUAAAGGAAGUCAACGAGCAGUGGGAGGAAAUUCAGACCAGAGCAAAUUCUAGAAAAGCCAAAGUACAGGAGGAAAGGACAAUAGUUAAAGAAAAAGCAUCUGUGCGUCGUCUUGAGGAGAUCAGAGUUGUUUUGCUGGGAUGGGUUCUUGGUGGAAAGAGUUCAGCUGGAAACACCAUCUUGAACCAAGAUGAAUUUGCGAUAGGAGGAAAAACCAGAGAAUGUACAAGAAAGUUUGGAGAUGUAGACGGAAGGAAGAUUACUGUUUUGGACACUCCAGGCUGGUGGAAGUACUUCACAUCUGAAGUCAAUCCAGAUUUCAUUAGAUCUGCGAUCUUAGAAAGCGUUUCAGAGUUUAAGAAGUUCCCUCAUGUCAUACUGCUCGUGAUUCCAGCAGAUACAGCAUUUCAGGCAGAACAAAAGAGGAUCACUGAACAGAAUAUGUCUAUCCUGGGAGACGAUGUCUGGAGACACACAAUAGUUUUAUUCACGUGGGGCGAGAAGUUUAAAAACAUCUCAAUUGAGCAGCACAUUGAGAGUGAAGGUGAAGCUCUUAAGUGGCUGAUUGAGAAAUGCAGAAACAGAUAUCACGUCUUUGACAACACAGACAAGAACAAUCGAGAUCAAGUCACAGAGCUGCUCCAGAAGAUUGAUGAGAUGGUGGCAGAAAACUGCUCAUUUCGUCUCAAAACACAGAAAAACUGCGAUGAGAAAAGCUGUCAGGAAACUGACAAACAGGAGGAUCUGAAUAUGCAGAUCAGACUGAAGGAUAUCAGCCACUUUCUGGACGAAGGGUUUAAGAGAAAAGCUGAAGAGAUAAGAAGGAAGAUAGAAAAGUUAUGCUUUGAUCUAAACCUUCAGGACUCUCAGAGUAUGGAUGAUCCUAUUCAAUUGGAUAAAGAUAAACCUCCUGAUUCUCCAUUAAACGUGAUCAGUGCCCCUCAACAGGACAACAUCCCAGAGCCGAUUAAAACUCUUCUGGAGAGAGAGUUCAGCAGAUGGGAAAGCCUCAUCAUAGAUGGUGUUCAGGAAAGUUUCCAGGACAUCAAAUCAUCAUUUGAGCUCUCUCAGGCUGAGAAGAAGCAACAGUCAGUGGAUGCUGUUGAGAGAUGGCUACAGAACUACAAUCAAUAUGUUGAACAUACUAUUGAUAAAAUACAAGAUCCAGAAUCAGGGAUGAGGAAAAGAGACUGAAGAUAUAUUAAUAUUUCUGACUCAUUUCACUAUUUACUAAAAUAAAAAGAGCACCGUGUGUAAAUAUGUUUUAAUACACAAACCCUCUCUGUGUGUGGUUAUGCCAAGAGCUCAGGUAACAUCCUGAGAAAUCAGAUAAAUAUUUAUCUUUCACAUGCAUUCAUUAACUCACGCAAUAACCGGUUCUCACAUGCCUUUCAGUAAUGAUAAUUCACUUCAUUAAAUUUUGACCAUUUUAUACAGACAAACCAAGACCUCUUUUAUCAGUAGUGCUGUUAACAGAGCUUGUUGCUGUUCGAGCUGUAAGUUUUUGGCUUAAAUUUUUUUCUCUUGAAUUAAAAGAAAAGAUUCAGCAGAUUGUUGUGCUGUUGACCGUGAUCAUAACCAGAAAUUCUGGUUUGUAUAAGGAAAACACACAAUGAUGGUUUUUGUAUGUAACA